CACGUGGCAGGGAUGGGCACCUCGCCCUGUGCGUAGGGCUGGUCCGGGCUGGGCGUGUGCUCCGGGGGGCGACUAGCUGCUACCAGCUCUGGGGAGAGUCAGACAGGCCUCUCUGUGCUCCCCUCACUCUCUGGUAACUGUCCCGAAAAGUUUUACCUUCUGGCGUUAAAACUCUCCUGCUUGGUGUCAGCCCACAGGGUUUCCUUUUAUAGAAAUGGAUUUUGAGGCAGUUGCAAAGUACUCAGCAUUACACCUGAAACCAGCUGGACUUAGCCUUCAGUAUGGAACUGCUGGAUUUCGUACCAAGGCAGGACAUCUUGAUCAUGUCAUGUAUCGCAUGGGUUUGCUGGCAGUACUAAGGUCCAGGCAGACCAAAUCUACUAUUGGAGUCAUGGUUACAGCAUCUCACAAUCCUGAAGAAGACAAUGGUGUAAAAUUGGUCGAUCCUCUGGGUGAAAUGUUGACCUCUGCCUGGGAAGAAUAUGCUACACGCCUAGCUAAUGCAGAAGAGCAAGAAAUACAAAGUAUACUGACUGAGAUCUGCCAGAAAGAAGCAGUGAAACUGCACCAAUAUGCCUCAGUUUUUAUUGGUAGAGACACCAGACCUAGCAGUGAGAAACUUUCACAAUCAGUAAUAGAUGGUGUAUCUGCUCUAGGUGGUCAAUAUCAUGAUUAUGGUCUGGUAACAACACCACAGCUGCAUUACAUGGUCUGCUGUCAAAAUACUCAAGAGCACUAUGGGAAGGCAACAGUGGAAGGUUACUACCAGAAACUAUCCAAAGCUUUUGGGGAGCUGACAAAACAAGCUUCCAGCUCUGGAGAUGACCAGAUGUGUCUGAAGAUAGAUUGUGCAAAUGGUAUAGGAGCCCUGAAACUAAAAGAAAUGGAACGUUACCUUCCAAAGAAACUGUUAAUUCACUUAUAUAAUGAUGGAACCAAAGAGAAACUCAAUCAUUUAUGCGGUGCAGACUUUGUGAAAGUUCAUCAGAAACCUCCUCUGGGACUAGAAAUCAAACCUCAUGAAAGAUGCUGCUCGUUUGAUGGAGAUGCAGACAGAAUUGUUUAUUACUAUAAUGAUACUGCUGGCCAUUUUCAUCUUGUGGAUGGAGAUAAAAUAGCAACUUUAAUUAGCACUUUCAUUAAAGAACUUCUUAUCAAGAUAGGACAAACUCUAAAGAUGGCAGUGGUACAAACAGCAUAUGCUAAUGGGAGCUCUACACGUUAUCUUGAGGAAACCAUGAAGGUGUCUGUUCAUUGUACCAAAACAGGAGUAAAGCAUUUGCAUCACAAGGCCCAGGAAUUUGACAUUGGAGUUUACUUUGAGGCAAAUGGGCAUGGCACAGUAUUAUUUAGUAAAGCUGCUGAAGAGAAAAUAAGACACAUGGCAAAAGAAGAAAAGGAGAAUCAAAAAAGAGAAGCUGCAAAGAUGCUUGAAAAUACUAUUGACCUGAUUAAUCAAACUGUGGGUGAUGCCAUCUCAGAUAUGCUAGUGAUUGAAGCAAUCUUGGCUCUAAAGGGUUUGACAGUGCAACAGUGGGAUGCCAUCUACACAGAUCUUCCCAACCGACAGCUGAAAGUUAAGGUUGCAGACAGACGAGUCAUUGACACGACAGAUGCUGAGAGACGUGCAGUUACACCCCCAGGACUACAAGAAAAAAUCGAUGAACUUGUAAAGAAGUACAGAGUGUCACGAGCUUUUGUCCGCCCAUCAGGAACAGAAGAUGUAGUGCGAGUAUACUCUGAAGCAGACACACAGGAGAAUGCAGAUUCCCUUGCACAUGAAGUAAGCCUGGCUGUUUACCAUCUAGCUGGUGGAAUAGGAGAACCACCUCAGCCUGUAUGUUGAAGGACACAGCUGUGGUCAUGCUACCUAAACAUGAUUUCUUUAUUUUUAUUUUUUUUCCUUUAGCAUGAACCUAACAUGUCAGCAAUAACAAAUCAAACCUUCCACUUUUU